AAUUUGGAUAAUGAAACAAAUUCUGAAGAUGGAAAUAAUUCUGAUAAAAAUUUUCAGGAUAGUUAUACUUCUGAUAUAACAAUGAUUCCAGAAUUAGCAGAUAUCAUAGACGAAUAUUUAGAUAAUCUGGGAACUAAUAGACAAAUUCUAAAAAAUCAAAUAAAAAGAGCUACAGGACAGAUUCGUCAACCAGUCAUAGCUAGUGCCAAUGCUAAUGUUAAUAAUACAUUUGUCGAUGCAAAUAAAUGUGAUAUUUUAAAAAUCAAAAUGGCUGAAAAAUACACUCCAGUACCUGGAAAUGAUUCCUAUACUGCAAGAAAUUCAGCUAUAAAUACUCCAGAUACCUUUUUAGCAUGGUUAAAAGGAAAGUAUAGUACAGAAACAGUAGGAAACAAACGGAUAGCUAAAAGAUUCUUAUUACAGGAACAAUUCAAUUCAACUGAUACACCAGAUAUGUAUAAUAUACCAUAUGCUGAUCUAUUACCAUAUCUUUAUAACCAUUUAUCUGAAAAUAUUGAAGUUCGAAUGAGAAUGAAUUCACCUGUAGAUAUUAAUGCUUUUUUUAAUAGUCUUAUUACAAUUUGUCUUUCACAACCACCAAUUCAGAAUUUUCAAAAAAUGCUUCAAGAUGAAUUUAAUAAACAACAGUCAAGAAGCCCCCCAUCAAAUUUAAAAAUGGAAGAAGAUUAUAAAAAUUAUUAUGUAACGAAAUACUUUAACGAUUUAGGAAUAUAUAGUAAAGAAGAUUUAGAUUCAAAUUAUUCUGAAAAACCUUUUCAAAGACCUCGUACACAGCAAAAAGUUAACUCUACUAGAUUAGAGAAAAAAGUAGAUAAAAUUGAGAAUAUAUUAUCUUAUCUUAAUAUAAAUAAUCAAUCCCAAAAACCAGUAGCCAAAUUAAAUCGAACACAAUGA